GUGAAAAUAAAGUUGCAGAGGACAUCUUUCUUUUUUUCUAAAUGUAAUUAUUCCACUUCCCUCUUGGAAAUAAUCUAUUGCAAGAAAAAAUGCUUUCGCUAUUCGUUUGAGAUGCUAUCGCGAUGCCCGUCUCACUUUUUUAAGUGCCCAUUACAUCUUUCCUUUAUAAGUUGGCCCCACGAUAUUCUUUGCACUGAAAGAUGUUUACAAAUAUCCUUCCAUCAAAUCUACUCUACUCUGCUUCAGACAGUUUCAUACAUUUUGCAGUUCCAGUUUUGCAUUCAUGGCUUCCUCCUCCUCAUCGCUUGGAUCUCCUAAAUUAUAUGAUGCAUUCAUCAGCCACCGAGGCCCUGACGUCAAGGAAACCCUUGCUAAACAACUCUAUCACCUUCUUCAGGAAAGAGGAUGCAGGGCAUUUUUAGACUGUGAAGAGAUACAAGGGGGAGAUUCUAUUCCUUUUGCCAUUCGCAAUGCCAUUUGCUCAUCUCUUGUGCAAAUUGCCAUUUUUUCCAAAGGAUAUGCAGACUCCUCUUGGUGUUUAGAUGAGCUUGUUCUUAUGCUACAACAACCACCUGACGCCCUGUUUAUUCCUGUGUUCUACGAUGUCCAGCCAUGGGAGCUACGCCACAUCGAAAACGAGAAGUCACAGUAUGCUGUAGCAUUUUCUGAUCGUCAAAGGAAAGGUAGGAAUCUUGAUAAGUUGGAUGAAUGGAAAAAGGCCCUCGAAUCUGCUGCAGACAUAUCUGGUUAUGAACUUAGCCAUUCCUCACAUCAAGACAAUUUGUGUGAAAACAUUGUGUCUCGUGUGCUACAAGUGGUGCAAGAAAGGAAAAAUAGGAUACCAUUAGAUGUUGCGAAAUAUCCGGUUGGACUUGCUGAACUUGUCCAGGAUUUUAAAAUGAGUUGUUCACAGACAAAGAGGCAAAGAAAGGUCACGAGAGAAUUGUUAGGGAUCUAUGGACUUGGGGGGUCUGGCAAGACUACCCUGGCAAAAGAACUGUUUAACAGAAAGCGUUUGAGCUACCAUGCAUCAUGCUUUCUCUCUGAUGUGAGAGAAUCGCAUGCCAGAGGUGAAUUGCAUCGCAUGCAAAGCCAGCUCUUAAAAGAUCUUUUAAAUAUUGCAGAUCUAAAUUUUAGCAGCGUGCACCAUGGAAUUGGAGAGCUGAAGGAUCGUCUGGGAAGAGCAAGGCAUUUGCAUUUUCUUAUAGUCUUAGAUGAUAUUGAUCAUCAAGACCAGUUAGAUGCCCUGUUACCUCAAGGUAUGCUCAGCUUGAAUAGCCUGGUAAUUAUUACAACCCGUGAUCAAAGUAUGUUAAAAGGUGCAGAUAUCUGUUAUAAGAUGAAGGGAUUGAAUAGGAAUCAGGCUAAAGAUCUCUUCUGUAGUCAUGCUUUCCUUGAAGGGGAUCCACCCAUUGCAUAUGAGAAAUUGGUUGAAAGUUUCGUGGAAUUCUGUGGAGGUUUACCCCUCUCCCUCAAAGUUUUGGGCGCCCAUCUUUAUGGUAGGGAUGAGUAUUAUUGGGAGCUACAAUUGGAAAAAGUUAAGAAAAUCCCGCCUAAGGAUAUAAUACAAAGACUUAAAAUCAGCUUUGAUGGUUUGGAUCAAGAGGAGAAGCAGAUAUUUAUAGAUAUUGCUUGUUUAUUCAAUAAGAAAAGCGAAGCAGAUUUGAAAAGUAUAGCUAUAUCAAUCUGGAAUGCAUCCGGUUGGAGCGCUGAACAUGCAGUUCAAAUCCUGCAAGAUAAGUGUCUAAUUGAAGUGGGUUCGGGCUUGUGGGCUAUGUUUCGAAUGCAUGAUCACCUCCGCGAUCUGGGAAGACAAAUGGCAGAUGAGUUGGGGCCUCCUCGGCUAUGGAGACCACACAUUCUUACAUCUAUGGAAGCAAAAGGACUUAAGCAAAUCCUAGCAGAAACAAAGGGCAGGUGUUUCCAUUCAUUCAAGGAUUCGUCCCUCAAAAGCACAAUUACUUUUUUUAUAAUGAAUUCAAAUGAUUCUGCUGAGACUGACCUCCUGUGGCUUGAAAUUCUAAAUGAAAGUUCCAGCUUAAAAGAAAUUCCUUCAUGGAUUCCUCUACGUAAAUUGCAAUGUUUAUCUAUUUACAACAUGGAAGAACUGUGGAGCACUUUUCAGCAGCAAUUGCAGACCAAUACCCAGGCCAGUUUCGAGUUGAGAAUGCUGAAGAUUUACUACUCUUCCAUGUUGCAAAAAAUUCCAGAUUUAAUAGGAAUGUUCAGUCAUUUGCAAGACUUAGGAAUAAGGUGGUCCUUAGAGAAGACUGACAUAACAUCCCUCCUAGAAUCGCUUAAACAACUUAGUAAUCUUAGAUCAUUAUGGUUGCGGGGUAAGGGUGGCAUCUUCUUCAGUAAGAAUUUGAAUCUGAGCAAAGUUACAGACUCUACAAGCAGCCGCAUGACUAGCCUUGAAAACAUAGAUUUUAGUAGAUUUAGUAAUAUAUCUAAGCUGCUAAUUAGUGGAGAGAUUUGUCCUAGACUUCGAUCAUUGAAAGUUGACAAUAUGUGGGAUCUAAUUGAAAUGGACUUAAAGCAGCUAGACAGACUGAAUACUCUUGACGUGAGCCACUGUGGUGAAUUGGAAACAAUAUCAGGGUUUUCUUCUCUAAUAGGGCUUCAGUUUCUUAGACUGGAGGAUUGCCCCAAAUUGGAAACAAUAAUAGAGUUGUCUUCUGCAAUAGGGCUUCAGUAUCUUAUAGUGCAGCGUUGUCCCAAAUUGGAAACAAUAUUAGGGUCAUCUUCUUUAACAGGGCUUCAAUAUCUUAUAUUAAAGAAUUGUCACAAAUGGAUAACAGUACCAGGGUUAUCUUCUCUAACAGGGCUUCAAGUAUUUAGAGCAGAGGAAUGUGGCUUCAACUCGUUGCCCACACUUGCACAUCUACAUCUUCUUGAGCGAAUCACUAUUUCAAAAUGUUAUUGGCUGCAGAGUGUGGAAGGUUUUGAAGGGUUGCAAGGUUUGAAAAGCCUGAUAAUUGAUCUCAGUGGAUAUGCUUGGGUACGGAAUUUCUUCUCUGGACUGAGGAGGCUUCCAUCAGACUAUACUAUUUUAACAGGGGUGUCAUUGGAUACAUCAUCGUCCAGAUUGGAUGUAAAUUUGUUUUCUGAGGUGAUGGGCACCCAAACAGUUAUUGAGAUUGAGAAAUUGGAUGAGAGAAGCUCAUCAAACGCAAUCACUAUAUAUGCUUUCCUUGGAAGAUAUAAUCGUGAUCCUACUUACAUCAGAGAUAAAUUUAUAUGCUUGACAUUUGUAGGUGAACAGAAGAUUGGAACAGAAAUAGAGUGCAUUAGAAUAUCGGGCUUCAACAUAAAGAAGGGGUUUAAGGUGACAAUGAAUGAAGGGGAAGGAGGACAGGCUUUAAUGUUAAUGCAAAGAAUUUUUGAUCGAUUAUAUGGAGAUCUCGACUUUGAAAGAAGAAGGAUUGGGAAGUGUAAUUUGCUUUGACUAUCUAUUUUUGAAAAUCUUUUGUUCUUUGUUUCAUUCAAGUCGUUAAUUUCCAGUAUUCUUUAUUCAAUAAAAUAAAGGUCUUUCAAUA